AUGAAGCUCCGCAUCCUCUGCCUCCACGGCCACCGCCAAAGCGCCAAGAAGCUCAAGGGCAAGAUGGCCGCGCUCACCCGCGCCGUCAAGGCGACGACCGAGUUUGUCUUCAUCGACGGGCCGUUUGAAGUGCCAUACGAGCCGACGUCGGACGACCACUUGCAAAAAUUGGAAGGCAUGACGGAGGCCGAGCUCGCAGAACUCAAGCUCUCGAUGGAGCAGUUUGCGUGGUGGAACUUUUCCCAGGACCCGGUCACCAAGGCGUACGUGUACCAUGGCGUCGACGAGGCCGUCGCCUACAUCCGCAACAUCGUCGCGACGCAAGGUCCCUUCCACGGCGUCUUUGGCUUUAGCCAAGGCGGUAUGUUUGCCGCGCACCUCUUGGCACUCGAUUACGGGAGUGGCGCGCGCACGUUUGAGUUUGGCGUCUUUUGCGCGUCGGCCUGCCUCACAGAUCCUGCGUACAAGAAGGAGUUGCCGCCAGCGUCCCUUCUCAUGCCAUCGCUCCACAUUAUCGGUGAGCAAGACGAGCUGGUGGUGCCGUCGCGGUCCGACGAACUCGCGGCUGUGUUUGCAAGCGCCGACGUGCUCCGCCACCCGGGUGGCCACUACAUUCCAACACAGAAGGAGCCUCGGACGGUCUGGAAGACCUUCUUCGAAGCUCAAGCCGCACGCUUGCAGCCAAGAGCCUAA